AUGCAAAAUCCUGACCGCCGACCCCUUCCCAACGGUUGGAUUGAACACUAUGAUGCAUCGAGAAAUAACUGGUAUUAUGUCCAGAUAAACGCUACGCCUCCAAGGGCUUUUAAUCAACAUCCAGCAGAUCUGGAGCCAGACAGAUCCCAAGCAGGGCCUUCGGGAGGUUUUGUUGCCCCACCACCACCACCUCCUCCUCCUUUUUACUCGGGGAUGCCAACACCAUCGGGAAACGGUCAAGACCCUCUGCGCAGUGGAGGUUCCGGUCUUUCACUAGCCCAGCGCCUCUAUGCCAGCUCAAACAGCACAGAAACAACCCCACCAAUAAUCUCGGCUACUGCCAGAGACUUUGGACGUACACCCACUCCCCUAGCGCCUCCCAUUCAAACGUCCCCCUCGACGCCCUCGCCCUCCGUUUCGCCCUCAUCAGGCUUCAGGUCGUCUCCAACUUUUCAGACUAUCCCUAGGCCGGGCGAUCCAAGCCAAAUCCCCACUGUGCCUGCACCGAACGCCGCUGAUUUCUAUAACAAUAGACUUGGCUUCAGCAAUCCCGUGAACUCAAGGCCGGUGUACACUCCGGUUCCAGGGCAGUCGGGGCCGUCACAAUACGGAUCAACAGGUAGUGGGUUUCCCAGUCCAUAUCCAGCAAAUAACAGUCCAGAAGCGCCUGCAUUCCAAGCGCCUCAUCAUCACGGGGCGCAACCCUACCAAGUACCCCCGCCACCUUCUUUCCCGACAGAUAGUCAACCUGGUUCCACGAACAACGGGCUUACUACCCCAUACCCGGCGAACGUCAAUUCUGAAGCGCCUGCAUUCCAAAACCCUCAUCUUCACAGAGCACAAUCUUAUCAAGUACCUCCGCCCCCGACAAAUAUCCACAGAAGUGCUACAUAUCCUGCCAACAUAUCUGCGCGUUCAUCAUCCUCCGCAGGACCUCCGUCCACCCCAAAUCUAAACACAACAGCUCAACCUCCUUCACAAUCGUCCAAUGCCUCGGGGUCAAUACCACAUUUCCAAACGAUGCUCUCACCACCAUCUCUGCCUCAAUUGCCCUCACCGCCAUAUUCAGAAGAGGCUUUUAGCUCGUCAAUGGGUUACCCGCCUCCACCGCCAGGCGUGCAGUCGAUGUGGGAACCCCAAGGAAGAGGAGGAUGUCCAACAUCCCCUCCAAUCUCACCCGCAGAUGCUGCUCAGUCUGCUGCGCUGGCAGCCCAAGCGGCGGAGAGAGCCAAAAUCCUCAAGCAGGUGGGCAUAUCGGUCGGCAAGACCGCAGGCAAAGCAGCACUGAAAAUCGCAGGUAGCGCAGCCUUGAUGUCAGUGGGUAUCCCGCCUGGUUUGGCCAUAGGUGUCGGGAAAUCGAUCCUGAACAGCAAUGCCAUGGGCACACUCGUGAAUGCCUUCUCUGGUGCGAACGUGGGGGUCAACCAGUCUACUCUACAGGCUGUGCUUCAAGGGCAGCCUGGCGCAGACUACCAGGGGAUCAUCAACGCGUUGAAGCUACAGCAGCAGCAGCAGCAACAGGCGAGCCUGCUUCAGUUACAAGGACUCGGUUUGCAGCCUCAGGCGCCUCCCGUGGACUACCAGGCUCUUAUCAACGAGUUGACUAGGAUACAACUGCUCGCUGCCGCUCAACAACAAGCGCAGCAACAAGCUCCCUCACAGCAGCAGGCACUAGCUCAAUUGCAGGCCGUUGCUUUAUUACAGCAGCAGUCUGCUGCCCAGCAACAAGCUUCACAGCAACAGCAGCAGCAGCAGGCAUUGGCUCAAUUGCAGGUCGCUAUAUUACGGCAGCAGCAGCAGCAACAACAAGCAGCUCUGCAACAACAAAUUGCGGCACAAACUCAAUUUUUCGAGCAACAGCAGCAGCAGAGCGAGAACGAGGUUGCUUCCAUGUAUCAACAAGCGCAAGAUUUCGCGAACCAGCAGUCGAGCUUGCAGGAAGAGUUGCAUUACAAAACGCUCAGGCAGCAGCAAGAGCAGAUUGUGCUUGCCUCUGCUGCGAUCGCACAAUCUGUCAGCAUCUAA